AUGUCAUUGAAGACAAAGUGGGAUGAAGUGGUGAUUCUUGUUAAUCAGGAAGACAUUGGAGACGAGAUGUCGGCUAGGAGGAAAAGGGCAGCCAAGUACCCUAAUUGGACUCGUGUCACUACCGUCGUGACGCCAGUAGGUCAGCUAAGUAUGGAUCAAAGCGAACACACUUCUUUGCAAGAAUUUGUCGAAAGUGAAAUUCUGUUCCAAUAUCGACUGCAGCGCAUUCGUACUGGACUACCAACUGUGAAUAAGACCGAGGACACGUUAAGAACAAUUGCACGGCUGUUGAGGAUCGAGCUGCAUGUUUAUCGUGCCAUCGGCGAACAACCUUUUGUCUACGAUGGGAAUCCCGACGUUGGUGAAUCUGUGGAAAAGGUGGUGGUAUGCGAAUCUCACCGUGGUCAUUACGAUUUGGUUCUUACUCGAAAAGAUCACGCUUGCCUUGGAUACGCACAAACUUUUGUUUAUGACCUACUCUACUUCAACGUUUUUGGAUUCUCGCGUGAUGUUAUUAAGAAUUGCAUCAAGCGAAUAAGAGACGAUAUGAGUAAGGGAAACCAUCCUGUAGAUGAAGUCGGUAUGAAUGUUGCAAAUCAACCAACCACCUCCACGCAAGAAAGGACAUGUGGAGAUGGAGAGCUCUCGUUAAAUAGUGAUGGUUUAGAAACGCGGUUUGGAUGGCGUCCUCCAAUGCCGUACUGUGCUGUUAAAUCUCUUGACCCGUCUGUUUAUCGCAAUAUCUCCUAUGAUAUUUUCUUGAGGGAGCGGAAACGUAUACUUAAGGGGUCUAGCAGCGGUCCGCUUCACGUCGGCAAUCGAUGCGUUUUGAUGGAAAGCGCCUCCGCGGCCACUGUGAGUGUUUAG